UGAGCGGAGGAGGAAGAAAGAGACGCUGUAGAGUGCAUUUCUGAAUGGAAUUUAUUGUGUUUAUUCCUUUUUAACCGUUUGCCGCCCCAGGCAGCAACUCCCGCUAACUAGUAUUUAAGCUCUGACUUCCCCGAUUUCCGCAACGCGACAAGACCACUUUAGAUCGUCAAAAUGCCCGGUGUAAAUGACCCGGAAACCAUCCGCAUCCUCGUCGCAACCGACAACCAUGUCGGCUACAAUGAGCGAGAUCCCAUCCGGGGAGACGACAGCUGGAAGAGUUUCCAUGAGGUGAUGUGUUUGGCCAAAGAGCAGGAUGUCGAUAUGGUGCUUCUGGCGGGUGACCUGUUUCAUGAGAACAAACCGUCUCGGAAGUCCAUGUAUCAGGUGAUGAGGUCGAUUCGGAUGAACUGCCUGGGAGACAAGCCUUGCGAGCUGGAGAUGAUCAGUGAUGCCAGUGAGAAUUUCCAGGGUGCUUUUAACCAUCCGAACUAUGAGGAUGAGGAUAUCAACGUGGCGAUUCCGAUCUUCUCCAUUCACGGGAACCACGAUGAUCCCUCGGGAGAGGGCCAUCUCGCGGCCUUGGAUCUGUUGCAGGUAUCGGGUCUGAUCAACUACUACGGUCGAACCCCAGAGUCGGACAACAUACACAUCAAGCCAGUUUUGCUACAGAAAGGACGGACCAAGCUGGCCCUGUACGGCAUGAGCAAUGUUCGGGAUGAACGUCUCUUCCGGACCUUUCGAGACAACAAAGUCAAGUUUUACCAGCCAGGAAUGCAGAGAGAUGAUUGGUUUAAUUUAAUGUCCGUUCACCAGAACCAUCAUGCCUACACUGAGACCAAUUAUCUUCCCGAGAACUUCCUUCCUGAAUUCAUGGAUCUUGUUAUCUGGGGACAUGAGCACGAGUGCUUGAUUGACCCGAGACUGAACCCCGAAAUGAACUUCCACGUUAUGCAACCCGGAUCAUCCGUUGCGACAUCCCUCUGUCCUGGCGAAUCAGUGGCCAAGCAUGUGUCGAUUCUCAGCGUCACAGGCCGCGAGUUCAAAAGCGAACCAGUCCGCUUGAAGUCUGUUCGCCCAUUUGCGAUGCGAGAAAUCGUUUUGUCAGAGGAGAAGGGGGCGCAGAAAUUGGCACGCAAGGAAAAAAACCGUACCGAAGUCACGCGGUUCCUUAUGACGCUCGUGGAGGAACUUAUCGAAGAAGCCAAGGCAGACUGGGUCGAUACACAUGGCGAGCCAGCAGAGGACGAAGAGCAAGAGAUUCCGUUACCGCUCGUACGGCUACGUGUCGAGGUCUCAACCCCAGAAGGAGGCAGCUAUGACUGCGAAAACCCGCAGCGAUUCUCAAACCGUUUUGUCGGCAAGGUCGCCAACGUCAACGAUGUGGUACAGUUUCACCGCAAGAAGAAGAACACGACUCGUAAGCAGGGAGAUGUUGAAGUCGACGAAUCGGCCGUUUCUCAACUUGCGACGCUCGACACGGUGAAAGUAGAGCAGCUGGUGCGAGACUUCCUCGCUCAGCAAUCACUGAGUAUCCUACCACAGAACUCCUUUGGAGACGCUGUCUCGCAGUUCAUCGACAAAGAUGACAAACACGCAAUGGAGAUGUUUGUGAACGAAUCACUGGACAACCAGAUGAAGCAUUUGCUAUCCCUUGACCGCGAAGAGGAGGAACAGGACGACGAAGAAAAACUCCAGAACUCCCUGCAAACCGCUAUGGAAAAGUACCGUGCGCAGAUGGAAGAUAUGUUCUCGCGCGGCAUCAAGAAGCGAACCCGGGGCAAGAAGCGUUUCAAGCCCAAGCCUGAUGGCUGGGACACUGAAUUCGACGGCGUCUGGGAGGAUCAGCCGGGUGCAUUGAUCCACUCUGAUAAUGAAGGUGGUGAUCCGAACGAGGAUGUUGCUGCUGAGGAUGGUACCACGCCGGCCCCCUCCAGAGGUAGUACGCGUGGUCGCGGCCGCGGACGAGGGGGUAGGGCAGCUGCCAAGACGGCGACCAGUACUCGGAAGACUGCCACGACGAAGAAAGCCGCCCCGGCCGCCCCGGCCGCCAAGGGCCGUCGACGAAAGGCCGUUUCCGACGAUGAAGACGAGGAGGAGGAAGAUGUUGUCAUGCUGGACGACGACGACGACGACGACGACGACCAAGGCUUGUCAGACAUCGACGAAGACGACGACUCGCAGGCUUUAUUCGUCAAACAACCCGCCGCAAAGAGCAAAACAACGACCCGCAAAGCAGCCGCUCCUGCCACGACGACCAGCCAACGUCGAUCCGGACGAAGUGCAGCCUCUCCUGCGGCACCGUCGGCCACUGCCACUUCACGGGGUUCUCGGAGCGCUGCGCGCGGUAAACAGGCGAUGCAGUCGACGUUGAAUUUCUCAGGGUCACAGGCGAGAUCGAGUCGGACGACGAGGGCUACGAGUCUACUUAGUGACGAUAUUUGACGAUGAUGACGAUGAUGAUGCUUUUGAGGCGAUGCCUAGUUCGAAUCGACGGAGGUAGUGUUUGUUCUACCACAUUUGCAUGUACGGCGUUAUUGGAAUAGCUAGCUAUUAUUAUGAAAAGGCGUUUACAAUUGUGAUGAUGAAGAAUGUUUCCAAUCCGCAAGAAUAUACACCGUCAAACUAGAUUCCGAAAGGGAAAUAGAAAGAAAGCAAGAAAGGAUAAACCCCG